GCAACUCUCUGCUUCUGGCUCCAGCACUUCGCCCGUGGCCACCCCGCAAACGCUUGUUGGGCUGGGGUGGAGCCAAUUGCAAUGAUUUCUUGUCCCCGGACUACAUUUCCCAGCAUGACCGCUCGGCCUGGGAAGUGAGACAUCAUUAUUCAUUCGGAAGAAGUUUUGUUGGACCAAUGAGCCAAUCCCCUUCCUUUUCAAACCCGGCUGAAACUUCACAUAGGGUUAACAAGAAGAUGCUCCUCUAGCUUCAGGGGUAAAGGCAAACAAGGCGAGACAGCCCCAGAGACAAAGAAAUCGGGAGGCGGCAGCAGUGAACUAAGGGAAGUGGCUGCUCCCUUGUGACCCGGUGAAGGGGAAAGUGGAAAUAUUCAGGCCAGCUGUGGAGCAAACAAGGCAGCGCUCAGCCCAGCCAGAUGUGGAUCUGAGCAGAUGUUACCGCAGCCGUAACUGAAGCACCCUUUGGUUGUUCUCUUACAGCUUUCCUCCUCCUCAGCUGCAUCCGUUUUCUUUCUUCUCGUUUGGGUUUUUCCUUCCGAAGAAGUCUUGUCAAUGUUCAGCAUUUGGCUGCUUCGUGGCUUACUUCUUGGAGCAAUUCCGGUGCGGAGUGUCUGGGGUGGAGGAAGCCAGCUGAGCCCGGAGAGCAGCUUGAUCUGGGGCCCCGGGCUGAGAGCAGAUGUUGUCCUCCCCGCUCGCUAUUUUUAUAUUCAGGCUGUGGACACUGCGGGGCGGAGGUUCACUUCGUCUCCGGGUGAAAAUGCAUUUCAGGUGAAGAUCACUGCUCCUGAUGAACAGUUCACUCGAGUAGGAGUGCAGGUAUUAGACAGAAAAGAUGGUUCCUUCGUUGUGAGGUACAGAAUGUAUGCAAGCUACAAAAACAUCAGGAUAGAAGUUAAAACCAAAGAUAACCAUGUUGCAAAGUCCCCAUAUAUUUUAAAAGGACCUGUUUACCAUGAGAACUGUGACUGCCCUCAAGAAGAUAGCAAAGUAUGGGUGGAAGAGAUGAGCUGCUCUCAUACUAUUCCACAGAUACAGAAGGACCUAGCUAAUUUUCCCACUGUUGAUCCAGAUAAGAUUGCAAAGGAAAUUCCAGAAAGGUUUGGACAAAGACAGAGUUUGUGUCAUUAUACUAUAAAAGAUAAUAAGGUCUAUAUAAAGACAUAUGGAGAGCAUGUAGGCUUCAGGAUUUUCAUGGAUGCCAUACUACUAUCUUUGACUAGAAAAGUGACUAUGCCAGAUGUAGAGUUUUUUGUCAAUUUAGGGGAUUGGCCUUUGGAGAAGAAAAAAACUACACAGAACCUUCAUCCUAUCUUCUCCUGGUGUGGAUCUACUGAAUCAAAAGACAUUGUGAUGCCAACCUAUGAUCUGACAGACUCCGUUUUAGAAACUAUGGGCAGAGUUAGCUUGGAUAUGAUGUCUGUUCAGGCCAACACUGGGCCACCUUGGGAAGAGAAGAACAGCACAGCAUUUUGGAGAGGACGUGACAGUCGAAAAGAGAGGCUUGAACUUGUAAAGCUCAGUAGAAGAUACCCAGAUAUCAUAGAUGCUGCUCUUACAAAUUUUUUCUUUUUUAAGCAUGAUGAAAGUCUCUAUGGUCCCAUUGUGAAGCACAUUUCAUUUUUUGAUUUUUUUAAGGUAAGACAUCAACUAUUAUUUAUACUUUUUG